CCAGACCUGGAAAAGGGUCUGGAGAUGAGGAAGUGGGUCCUGUCGGGCAUCCUGGCCAGCGAGGAAACCUACUUAAGUCACCUUGAGGCUCUCUUGCUGCCCAUGAAGCCUUUGAAAGCGGCUGCCACCACCUCCCAGCCAGUCCUGACGAGCCAGCAGAUUGAGACCAUCUUCUUCAAAGUGCCUGAGCUCUACGAAAUCCACAAGGAGUUCUAUGAUGGGCUUUUCCCACGUGUUCAUCAGUGGAGCCACCAGCAACGGGUGGGGGACCUCUUCCAGAAGCUGGCCAGCCAGCUGGGAGUGUACCGGGCCUUCGUGGAUAACUACGAGGUUGCCAUGGAGAUGGCCGAGAAGUGUUGCCAAGCCAACGCGCAGUUUGCAGAAAUCUCGGAGAAUCUCAGAGCUAGAGGCUCCAAGGACACAAGAGACCAGACAACAAAAAACUCUUUGGAAACUCUCCUCUACAAGCCGGUGGAUCGGGUCACACGCAGUACACUUGUACUCCACGAUUUACUGAAGCACACCCCAUCAAGUCACCCCGACUGUCUGCUCCUGCAGGAUGCACUCCGCAUCUCCCAGAACUUCCUGUCUAGCAUCAAUGAAGAGAUCACCCCCAGGAGGCAAUCCAUGACUGUCCAGAAAGGGGAG